CCGGCGUUCAGUGUGUGUCUUCUCCAACCUGAGACCCGGGGAGGGAACUGGAGACCCGGGCGGGGGAGGGUGUUUACGAGCGCGCCGAGCCGAGGCCGCAUCCCGGUCGGUACAGUACUGAGUACCCACUCACGGCCAAGCGAUGAGGCUGCGUUUCGCCGGAGCCAUCCUGCUGGCGGUGGCUGCCUACUACGUGUACCUGCCGCUGCCCGGCGGAGUGAGCGAGCCGUGGAAGCUGAUGCUGCUGGACGCCCUCAUCCGGGGCUUCAUGCGCGCGGGCGACGUGGCCCAGGCGCUGGGCCUGUGCCACCAGGUGCACCUGCUCAACCGGGUGGUGUCGUGGGUCGAGUUGAUCGAGGCUCGCUCCAGCGCCGCGUUGCUUGUCCGCGAUGGUGUGCUGGGGGGCGUGCCCUCUCGCAUCUUUCAGGCCACGGGGGGACGGUGGCCCAAAAGAGGGGUCCUCUACUUCCACGGAGGAGGGUGGGCGCUGGGCACUGCACGAAUGCGAUCAUACGACUUCCUGUGCCGGAAGAUGGCGGAGGAGCUGGACGCUGUCGUCAUUUCAGUAGACUACCGUCUGGCUCCGGAGGCGAUAUUCCCGGACCAGUACCACGAUGCCCUGGCAGUAUCGCGAGCCUUCUUGUCCCAGGAGGUUGCCAAGCAUUACAGCCUGGACCGUAAGCGACUGUGCGUGUCGGGAGACAGCUCAGGAGGCAACCUGGCCGCAGCCGUCGCUCAGGAGCUGGGCUCCGAUGUGACCCUCACCGCACACUUCAAGGUCCAAGCACUGAUUUACCCGGUCCUGCAGGCGCUCGACUUCCACACGCCGUCCUAUCAGCAGAACAAGGCGGUUCCCAUCCUCUAUCGGCCCGUCAUGGCUCGCUACUGGCUGCUCUACCUCGGCGCCGACCCAUCCCUGCAGUUGGCGCUGCUGGCCAACAACCACAGCGCCUUGGACCAGCCCGCCAUCACCCCAGCUGCACGCUCACACCUGGACUGGACCGUCCUGCUGCCGGCGGAGCGUAAGAAGGACUUCCGGCCGCUGGUGGUGGAAACGGGCACGCCGGGGCUGCUGGGCCAAGUGCCGGCCCUGUUGGACGCGAGGGCGGUGCCACUGUUGGCCGAGCGAGACGUUCUAGCCAAGACGCCCGACGCUUACGUCCUGACGUGCGAGUUUGACGUGCUGCGGGACGACGGGCUGAUGUACGCCGAAAGGCUACGGCGAGCCGGCGUGCGCGUCACCAGCGACCACUACGAGGACGGCUUCCACGGGUGCAUAUCGUUUGCGCAUCUGCCCGUCAUGUCCGCCGUGGGCCGCCGCGCCGUCGACAACUACAUUCGAUGGCUGGACCACAACCUCUGAGCCGAGGACCGGACGCUUUUGCCAUAGACUGCUGAUGUUCUUCUUCCAGGCUGGUGCAAGAGUGGUCAACCUGUCUUGGAGUGACAGAAAGAACCUGCUGCUAGCAACAGAAGGCAGCCAUUAAGCAUUUGUGUGUGUGUGUGUGUGGGGGGGGGGGGGCUAAAGUAGAAGUUGACGCUUUUUAUGGUUUGAUUUGAUCACUGGAAGCUUCCUGCUUUUCAUUCCCGCUUUUGGCCUUUUACUUGGAAAAUUUCAGAGCAAACAAUGAGCAUGGGAGUGGGCUUGCGCACGCACGUGCACACACACACACAAAGCAUAAACAUAAUUCCCAUACACACGCACAAAAAUACACUAUGUAUGCAUGCACACCCUUAAAAAGACACACACCCACACUCACCCGUGUAAAAAGGCCCAAACACACAACACAUCUGCAUACAGACACUUGGAAAAAGCGCACGCACGGGUUGAAGCGAAGGUGUGUCAUAGCUGUGGACGUUCUCGGGAUUGUGCAAUAUGAACACGGCGCCUGCGUGUGACACGUCAGAGACUUGAAUGAUGUCAUCGCGCUGAAAAUGUGAACGAGGCAUCUUUUUUGACAGCCGGGAAUGUUUUCUGGCUCUUUUGCAUUGUCGGGGGGAAAAGUGGCUCAACAGUCACAGGCUGGAAUAUUCCUGUCGGCGCCAUCUUGUUCCGGAUGCCCUUAACUGGUCGCCAUCUGCAAAUUCACCUAAUCGCUGAUUUUUUUUUUUUUACAUUUUAUUUUUUAAAACUGUCCACCACUGUUUGUCAGGAAACACACCUAUGUGCUGCUUUGCUGCCAUCUUGUGGCAGCUUGGUGGCGAGGAACUAAGUUGAAGUGAGUGAACAGGGCACAUCGAGACCAGGGGUGCCCAAGUCUGGUCCUCGAGAACCCCUAUCCAGCCUGUUUUUGAUGUCAGGUGAUUCAAAUGAUCAGCUCAAGCUUUGCAGAACGAUCCUAAUCAUUUCAAUCAGCCUGUUGGAGCAGAGAGACGUCUAAAACAUCCAGGCCCUCGAGGACCGGACUUGGGCACUCCUGAUUUAGACACGCUUUCCCUUCCAGCAGUCUCGAUCAUUUUGCUCCUCUUCAAUCAAGCUCACAUGUUUUCGUUUUUUGGUCAAUGGCUGAGAUUCAAACCGCGAACCUGUGAAUUGUGACACAGAUGUGCUAACCGCUAAUUCGCCAUGCUGCCCAAUCAUUUCGAUCAAGGGGAGGAAACACCCGAGUUCCCUACCCCUGAAUUAGAUGAUUUCAUUCCAUGUG